GCCGCCGCCGCCCGCCGCCCGCUGGCCGCCGACGCCCGGGACGCCGCGCCGGUCUCCCCGGUGCGCCAGAACUACCACCCGGACUGCGAGGCCGCCGUCAACCAGCAGAUCAACCUGGAGCUGCACGCCUCCUACGUCUACCUGUCCAUGGCCCACUACUUCUCGCGAGACGACGUGGCGCUGGACAACUUCUCCCGCUACUUCCGGCGCCAGUCCGGCGAGGAGCGCGAGCACGCCGAGCGCCUGAUGCGGCUGCAGACGCAGCGCGGCGGCCGUCUGCGCCUGCGCGACAUCCCCCGGCCGGCGCUGGACGACUGGCAGGGCGGCCUGCAGGCCAUGCGGCGCGCGCUGCUCCUGGAGCGCGACGUCAACCAGGCGCUGCUGGACCUGCACGCGCUGGCCGCGGAGAAGGGCGACCCGCACCUGUGCGACUUCCUGGAGACGCACUACCUGGGCGAGCAGGUGCGGGCCAUCAAGGAGCUGGCCGACCACGUGCACAACCUGGCGGCCCUGGGCGCCCCCGCCUCGGGCCUGGCCGAGUACCUGUUCGACAAGCACACCCUGGGGCCGGAGGGCGCGCAGCACUGA